AUGGCAUCGCAAUACCUCAGCAACAUGUUUUCCCUGGGGGGAAAGACCGCCAUCAUGACGGGCGCGACAGGUGGCCUGGGCUCGGCACUGGCGACCGCGCUGGCCCAGGCCGGCGUGUCGACCGUCAUCUCCAUCGAAGCCCCCAACGACCCCAUGUCCUCGGACCUGAAGGCCAAGAUCGAGGACGUCGGGGGCAAAGUGACGGCGUUCCACUGCGACCUGCGAAACCCCAAGAGCCUCCGGGAGUGCUACCAGUCAAUAUGGAAGGCCGAGGUCGUGCCCGACAUCUUGAUCAACUGCGCGGGUGUCAUGCGCCGGAAUCUCUGUGAGAACGCGACCGACGACGAGCUUGAUCUGCUGGUGGAGGUGAACAUCAAGUCAUUCUACAUCUCGAUGCAGGAAUUUGGCCGGAAACUCUUGGCGCUCGGACGGCCCGGGAAGGUCGUCAACAUUGCCUCCGUCACGUCCUAUCAGGCGGGAUUCAACACGAGCGUCUACUCGAGCACCAAGGGCGCGGUCCUGCAGAUGACCAAGGCUUUCAGCAACGAGUGGGCGGGCAAAGGCAUCCAGGUGAACUGCAUCGCCCCGGGAUUCAUGCGGACGUCCAUGACUGCUCAGUAUCAAGAUGACCAGAAGAUGGUGGAUUAUCUCAUGAUGCGGGUGCCGAUGCAGCGAUGGGGCGAACCGCAGGAUCUGGUGCCCGCGAUGCUCUUCCUGGUCGCCCCGGGAAAUACCUUCACCUCUGGAGCCUGCCUGAUUGUCGACGGUGGCUUCUGCGGGAAAUAG